CGAAAAUCUUAAUCUCAUAAAAAAUUUCGAACAAUAAUCGAGUAUAAUGUGAAAGUAUUCCCUCGCUCAAAGUCGGGUAAAAAUGGGUGGGUGCUGCUCGAAGGAGGAAAAUGUAGAUCCCUCGUGUCCGAGGGACUCUAUUAUCGGGACUACUUUAUCGGAUACUCAAGUGGCUUCCGCGAGUAAAGAGGACAAAAUGAUCGUGGAUGAACUAAAAUUCGAAUUCAACGGAAGCCCUCAAACGUUUCUGUUGGACAAUUUGCUCAUGACUACUCAGUUUUUCGAAAAUUAUCGAAAGGACAGAGAACACGCCGUUUCGACCAUUAACAAACAAGAAAAAGACACGAACUCGACUCUUUUAGAAAAACUGAACAUGGGUUGCAUUUUCCCGGAUUAUUUCCUGGAAACUGUUAACGAUAAUUUAAGAUACAGGCCGAUUCACGGCCCCAAGAAAUACGUUAUGGAACCGUUAAUAACCAAGCGAAUGUUCAUAAUCAACUACAACAUCGAAGUAAUUAGCGACAAUGACGAGAACGUUCAAUACACGUCCAUCGACAAACCCGCCGUGCAAGUUACUAUCGAAGAAUCCGGAAGAAAGGGUUUCGUGAGAUUGCGCCAAAACCACGCCAACCAAACUGUGAAUAAUGUGAUAACAUCGAACAUAUACGAACCCGGACCGAGCGGGUUGCAGAACCCGGAAAGCGAAUAUGAUUACGCUUUAAUCACGGAAGCGCGCACGCCCAAAGCUUUGGAAGGCACCACCGGCCCGGAAUCCAAAGAAUCCCUCCCGCCCACUUGCUUCACUGCGAAGAAAAUCAAGAAACCCGAUUACCUAAUCCAAGAAAUUAUCCAGGAAAAGAAUUCGGAGGGCGAUGAUUAUGACCUCACCGAAGACGACCUAUUCGACUACAUCACCUACAUAGACGCCAAAGGUUUCAUGAAUCACUUCAAGAGCAACAUGUUCCCGAACUCGCUCGGCCGACUGCUGGGAUUCACGCGAGACGAAAUCGACCUAGCCAGGACCAUACCGGGCAAGAUCUUCUGCAAUUUGACCGACGCCGACGAUCAACCCCUCCAUUGCGAGGUGAUUCCGUGCGUCGCGAUACCAUGGCCCACCGAGCAGACCUACGAGUUCAUUUGGAGAGAAGACAGGCCGACCAUCACCGAUAAAAAGGCCGGCAAAUGGUACAAGUGGCCCACCGAUCAGAUGAUCAAGGAGAUGUGCGCGUUGGAGUGCGUGGUGGUGCCGAAAGGGUAUUGGAUGAAAAAGGGACAUUACUCCGAUACGGCUAUUGAAUGGGAGAUAGCCUUCCCCAAGGCAGAGAGAUACCUGGAGGCCAGGAUGUCGCACGUGCAAAUUAGGUGUUUCUUGUUCCUGUUGAUCAUUCAUAAGGUUUUCAUUCAUCCAAAGACGCAACAACACGGGUUGCUGGUGGAGCACAUCAGGUGCCACAUGUACUGGGAGUGCGAGUCGAAUUACCGCGAUUGGCCGGAGCAUCGGCAGGGCGCGAAGAUCGUCAAAGUCAUCGAGAAUUUGUGCCAGCGGUUGUCGAAAAGCCUCCUGCCGGAUUUCUUCAUCAAAGAGAAGAAUCACUUUAAAAACAUACCGAUGAAGUACCUGCAUUUCGCUCACAGGAUAUUCAACGACGUGCUGCAGAAUCCGGUGGUGUACUUCAUCAGCGCCUUGCGGUGUAUCAGGUACACCAGCGGGAAGUUUUACACGCCCUUCGAAUUUAAGGAAUUCUAUAGGAAUAUGACUGAAACUAAUAAUAAUAAUCUUAAACAAAUAAAUCCCAACACAAUUACCGGGCCACCUAAUAUAAGAAGAGUAUACAGAGACCCCGAGAUGCAAUGGGAGCACUUGAACGAAGUAGCGAAGAGGAAAAAAGCGUUGGAAAUGAGGAACAAAAAAUUGAAUAAACAAAAAGAAGAAGAUACAAAAUCUAUCGAUUCCAUUGAUUUAGAGUGGUCGUUCGAGAAGGAACUGAGCAUGCUGAAAAGGAACGUGAUCCUCUGCCAAUACAUCAAAUUCUUUAUCGAAAUAGCCAAGGAGAUAACGAGAUUCGACGGCUCGGAGAACCACUCGAGGCUCUACCUCAAGCAAGCACUCUAUCUGACGAACCUCCUCGAAGACAACUCGGGCAUUUACAAAGAGGACGCGAGGGAGUUCCAGCGGCAGAUCCGGCUGGAGCAGAACGCCGUCACCAAGUCCGCGGUUCUGAGGAACUCGGACGUGCCGCCGGCGACGCCCGUCAGGAAUUCCCAGCAAUUCGACUACUCGCUCACCCAGCAACUGAAGAACAACUCGGUGAACUGGAACAACUUGCACAACAACUACACCGGCAACACGGUGACGAAUAAAGUGGUUCGCACGUCGUCUGUUAAAGUCGAAAAAAUGUCGCCUCUCCUUAAUAAGCAUCAGAGUAUAUUGGCUAAAAGGAGGAGUACCUUUGGUGUUACGAAGAAAAGUGUGGUGUUUGCUAAUCCCGAUUAGAUGCCUCAAGAGAUAUUUUUUACAUUUUCUAUUGCUUUUUAGAGAAUGGCUUGUUUAAAGUUUUCUAUUUUAACCCAGUAAUUAGCUAAUUUUAUGUCGAUUUGUUAGUUGAUAUUUUUAUGUUAUUUAUUAUCGUUUUAUCUUGGAUAAUUAUUUGAAAAUAUUUAUUAUUUUUAUGAAGGCUGUAAAUAUUAAAGUAAUAAUAAAUCGAA